AUGAGAAUUGGUGGCAACCCAGCAAUGGCAACUUUGGAGAUUGUAGAACCGACUGAUAAGGAUAAAGGAAUGUACACUAUUGAGACUGUGGAUCCCGAGAAGACGCAUUCUCGUACCCUGGACCUCUCCGGACAACGGUCACAUACUCUGAGUCUGACCUGCACAGUCUGCGGUGACCCCAAACCUCUGGUCAGCUGGUCUAAGAACGAUCAAGAGGUAGAACCCAGCGAUCAGUACGUCAUUGCCAUGGACUCUGGCAAGUUCGCCAGCCUCACUAUCAAAGGUGUGUCCCUGGAGGACUCUGGCAAAUACACCAUGACGGUCCAAAACAAGUACGGCGGCGAGUCUGUGGACAUCAUCGUCAGUGUGUACAAACACGGCGACAGGGUUCCGGACAUCAAACCCACACCCUCACCCAAGAGGAUCAUGCCUCCCACGGUUCCCAUCGUAAUUCCCACUGCCAAGUCUGCCACCCCUGCCCCUGCUGCAGCCAAGUCUCCGGCUCCUCCCCAAAAUGCCAAAUCCUCUGCUCCGCCCCGUGGCAUGAAGUCCCCCACUCCCACCAGGAAGAAGUAACAGCAUAGCCCUUGCCUCUCGUUCACCCCAACAGCACAAAAACAACUAGAUUUACAUUUACGGUUGGAAAUAUCAGUGUUUGCAAGGCAGCAAAGGAAGUUUGGGUUUAGGUUUUGGUUCAUGUCUUGUUUUCUUCCAGCUGUAGACAGUCUAUCAACAAAAUCAACAUAGUUUAUUAUAUGGCUAUAAAGGAGUAAUGGUGCUUUUUUCUGAUUUUAAAAAUCUUUGUAAUCGUGAUAUGCAGACAAUAUAAAUCAUUUGAAGGUUGAUUCCCCUAAAAAGUAAAAAACAUUAGCUGCAUCUGUAAUCACAUACUGUCUAAUAGGCACUACAUUUUUAUUUGAAACUUACUUCACGCCCAUUAAUAGUAAUUGAUAGUAUGUUCUACACAUGAGUAGCAUGAAUGAAAUUCAGACUUACUACAGCCACCUUAUUGUUACUGUUCUGUGACUCACAAACAUUAAUUUUGUUGCUUUACUGCCAUUCACACUGCCAUUCCAUGGCUUCAUGGGAAAGUUAGAUGUCCAUCACAAAUGCACUCCAGAUUCUUGGUGGAAGAAUCAGCCGCACCACACGGCUUGCGUUCAGUGGACACUCUCCAAAAUGUUGCUAUGGUGACGCGGAGGAGACGAAUUGUUGAAUAAAGUCGUUUUUUGUUUUCUUCGCGUACAAAAAGUAUU